AAGCUACGAGCUUUGUAGCGAAUCGUGCCUUCUUCUGUCACCAUGGCGAAUUCCCCUAGCCUGGAGUUCCUAAGAAGACAUGGCCGCGCGGCACUUGGCGAUUCUGCUGGUGCUUGCAGUAUCUUAUGGUGCAGGCGUGGAAAUUGAAUGGCGAGAGCUUGGCACGACGGAUGACCGGAGUUGUGUGUCAAGCGAGCUGGCCGGCGACCGCACACUGGGCACAGCCAGCUGCUCGGGGCUGCCUCUGGAGCGAGCAGUGUUCAGCUGUCUGGUGACAGCAGACGGCAGCGAGGUGCCGGCGCCGCGCAUCCUGGUAGCACAGCAGGACAAUGCCCUCAUCAGCUCAGGUGGCACGGCGGGGUCAGGCCCAGGGCCACCGUCGGCCGCAAAUGCCAUGCUCAGCUCAUCCUCCUACGCCUCCAGCGGAACCAACGCCAGCAGCAUCACCGCCAUCAGUGGCACCAAAGCCGACGGCAGUGCCAGUAGCGUCAGCAGCGGUGGUGCCACCAGUGGUGGUGUGCUGGACCAGAUGGCGGGCUACCUGGCGGCGGCGCUGCCGGGGCGUGGCGUGGCGGUGGAGCAGAUGAGCAUUGACGCCUUCGAGGAGCAGCUGUUCCGUGGGGACGGCUGGGCGGCCAACAGCAGCGGUGUGGCCGGCCUGCCGGUGAGCCCUGUGUCGACCUACCUGCUUGCCGACCGGCUGGCGCCUUUGGGGGCGUUGCUGUCGCGCGACGCCAGGCUGCAGUGGAGCGACUUCAAUGCGUUCUUCAGGACGGUGGCGGCGGUAUAUGACGGAGGGGUCAUCUCGGUGCCGUACACGGCCGAGAUACCGCUGCUGUUCUACCGCACGGACGUGUUUGCGGAGCGCGGGCUGCGGCCGCCCGCCACGUGGCACGAGUACCUGCACCUGGCCGGCCAGCUCCACGGCCAGGCCAUGCCGGUGUCGCCCGACUCCAACAGCACCAUCGCGGGCUGGUGCGAGUCCUUCCCCACCGGCUGCAGCUACGACGGCAUCACGCUCACCGCCAUCUGGACCAGCUUCGUGGCGCGACAGGGCCCGCAGGCGGGCGCCUUCUUUGACCCACAGACCAUGUCGCCGCGGCUGGCGGGCGCGGGCAUGGCCGAGUCCAUCCGCGUGUUCCGCGAGCUGCACGAGUUUGAACUGGAGCCGCACCCGCCCGACUGCUUGCGCAACAGCCUCGAGCUCAUCCUGCAGCGCUGUGCGCUGUUCCCCGCCGUCAGCACGCUGUGGAAGCACGUCAUGUUGAGCGGCGGCGACUUCCUGCGGGGGCGGCUGGGCGUGGCGCGGCUGCCGGGCAGUGAGCUGGUGGAGGACCCCAGCACAGGCAUGCUGGUGCCCUGCACUGAGGUGCUGUGCCCCUACGGCGAGCUGACCGACAUGCAGUCGCCGCCGCCUUCCACCGCGCGCUUUGACCUGACCCUUAACCAAGAGGCGGCAGCUAACUCCUCACCGCCCACCGCCGCUGCACCGGCACGACUGCCAGACAAUAGCAGCGGCAGCGGCACUGGUGGUGCCUCGCAGCGUCGCACUCUGCUCGCCCCGGACGUGGGAAGCAGCCGGCGGGCGUGGGUCAACUUUGCGCCGUUCCUGGGGCGCGGCGCGGUGUCAAUGGGCGUCAGUGUUCAAGCAAACCCGAUGUGGCAGUAUGCGGCGUGGCGCGCGAUCAGCGCUGCACUGGCGCCCGAGGCGAUGUGGACCAGCCUGCUGGACCCGACCACCGCCUUCAGCCCCGUGCGUGACUCGCACAUGGACAAAGGCAACAUAGACCGCUGGGUGGCGGCCGGCUACGACCGCGGCGCAGCACUGGGCUACCUGACCGCCUUCCGUGGCGUGGUGCUGCACCCCAACGCCGUCAUGAGCCCGCGCAUCCCCGGCUCGGAGCACCUGGUCCGCAUCCUGGCCAGCCUGUCCUCGGUGCUGCAGUACAACAGCAGCGUCAGCGAGGCGGAGCUGGUGAGGGGCCUGCGCGCCGACCUGCGGCUUGCCUUCAACAGCUCCGACCCGGCCUUGCGGCAGCGUUACCGGGCUGACAUUGGAUACACGCCGGCGUCCUCCAUUGCGGAUCCCGCGGGGCAGGCCGUGGGCAAUAGCCUGACCGCGGGCGCCAUCGCCGGCAUUGUGGUCGGCACUGUAGCGGGCACGGUGCUGGUCGGCGUGCUGUGCGUGUUGCUGGGGCGCGGCUACAACAAGUACCGGUCGCACCUUGUCAUCAGGAUGUCCUCGGCGCCUUCGUAUGGACAUGACACAUCCCUGAUGAUCACCGAUAUCAUGGACUCAACCAAGCUUUGGGAGCAGGUGGACGAGUCAGUGAUGGACACCUCGCUGGACAUGCACAACCGGACCAUACGGCACCUGCUGCCGCGCUAUGGCGCAUACGAGUGCCACACCGAGGGCGACUCGUUCAUCCUCGCCUUCCAUACCGCCGCGGACGCGGUGGCGUGCGCCCUGGAGAUCCAGGUGGCACUGCUGCACCUGGACUGGCCCGAGGAGCUGCUGCUGGCGGACGCUUGCCGCCCCGUGCUGGCGCUGCCGCCGCCCACGACCGCAGCCGGCCCCUCGCCGUCGACCACCACCCGCGGCGGCUUCUUCGGUGGUGGCGGCGGUAGCCGCAUCUUGGCGGGCGCUACAGCUGCUAUCGAGCACAUGGGUGGCAGCAGCCGAACGAGCCUUGACACGGCGCUACCGAGGGCUCCUGGCUAUGGCAUGGCCGCAGACCUGGCCAUGCCGCAGGGAUUGAACACGGGGCUGAGCGCCAAUAACAUGCGGCAACUGUCAGGCGGAACGAGUUCUCCAUACCGCAUCAGUGGCAGCGGCAUUGUGGCCUGGGCGUUUGCAGGCCGCCCAAGCAGCACGGGCGCAGGUGUCGGCGCCAGCAGCCGCCAGCCUUCCUCCAACCUGUUCCACCUGGGGUCCCAGGGGCAGUUGGCGGCGACCAACCGCAGCGGCGACGGGCGCGUGAGUUACGCCAGUGGCGCUGCGUCUGGUUUGGGGCACGUUCACACCGAAGGUUACGACGGCACGGGCAGCCCGCAGGCGGGCAGCAGCAACGUCAGCAACGCCACGCCGCGCAGGAUUGGGCGGCGGCGCACGCACGGAGACUUCGAUGCCAUACAGCCGCACCCUUACAUCACUUACGACCGAAAUGUGUUCGACCCGAGCGAGAACGGCAUCGAUUUGGUCAUGCCCACGUCGCCGCUUGCGGACAGCAGUCCAGCGGUGCAGCUCCAACUCACGGCUGCGCAGCAGCAGCCGGUGCGGGGGCAGCAGGGGCAGGUGUACUACCCGAACCAGCCGUAUCUGCCACAGCAGCAAAUCCAGCGCGGCGGCCCGUCCAUACCCUCGCCCAUCCCGGAGGGCAGGCCGUCGCGGCGGGAGCUGCAACUGCCGGCCUCGGCGCUGGCCGCUGCAGCGGCAGAAUUCGGCAGCGGCCAGCAGGGCGCAGGCGGGGGUGGCGGCGGCGGCAGUGGCACGCCCUCGCGGCGCACGAGCAGCUACGGCCGCAGCAGCAGCCACGCGAUGUGGCCGGGCGGCGUCAACACCGCCCUCUGGUCCACUGCCAGUGCCGCCAGCGGCCUCGCGUUGACGGGUGGCCUCGGCGCAGCCCUGGCCUCAGCCCCGGCCCCGGCUGUGGGCGGAGGCACGGGGGCCAGUGGCGCCAGUGGUGGUGGCUUGGCGCGAUGGCAGCCGAGCUCAUUUACGGUGCCGAUGGCUGGCCUUGUUGGCCCUGCCCUGCCUCUGAGUGGCGGCAGCACCGCAGCCAACCAGUACUGCCGCACCACAGCGUCUGCAAGCGGCGCCGCUGGCGCCGCCGAUGGCUCGCCUCGGUCGGGCCCUGGUGCUGCGGCGGCGGCUGCCUCGGUGCUGGCAGCGGUUGUGGCCACGCCAGCAGCGGAUGGCGGCGGCGGUGUGCACGCAGGCAGCCGGUACCUUGGCGGCUUCCCGUUGGAAGACGCGGGCGGCGACUCGGGGCCCAAGCGGUCGAGCCUCAGCUUGCAGGCGCGGCUGCCGCCGCCGCAGCUGCCGUCCCCCGGCAAAUCUGCAACGGCGGCAGCUGCAGCAGGGCGGCCGCUACCGUCGCACCACUCGGGCCCUCUGCCUCUUCACCAUCUGGAGCCCCAUCUGCACCCGCACCCGACGCAACACCACCUCACCCGCCUUCCGCCCUCGCUCCGUAGGACGGCGGAUGGCCACGCUUCUGGCGGUGUCCGCUGCAUGGGCUCACCCAAUAUUGCCGACAAGCACUCGCACCUGGGCAGCGCUGGGUACGAUGACGGCGGCGGGCGCGUGAGCGCCGCCGGCAUGGGCACAGCGGCAACAGCCGGGGCAACCAGCGGGCCACUAAUGAGCAGUGGCGCUGCGGUGGCGUCGAGCGGCGACUGGGACAGGAACUCGAGCGGCGCCCUGCAGCGGCUUGGGCACAGCGGCUCGGGUGCAGCGCUGUACGUGUCGUCGCUGCGCAACUCAGCGGGGCCGCCGCCGGUGCUCGGGGCUGUUGCAGAGCUUGGGAGCAUGGCAGAAGGCGAGGAGGGCGAGGAGGCCGGGGACGGAGAGGACUCUGCCGGGCAGGCGACAGCACAGGACAGCGAGCGUCGCCGCAGUGUCAGCGGGCUGAGCGGGCGGGCACGGCUUUUGAAGGGCGGUGAGACGAACGAACCCGGGUCAGCGCCCAUCACAUACGGCAACAGAAGCGCUGUGCCGGCCGUGUCACGUGAGCUCCGUGUCGAUGCGCCCAUGUCGUAUCACACGCACAAGCCAGACGCAGCUGUAGCCCGCGCAGCGGCUGGUGAUAGUGCCUUGACAAUAGGUCGGGCAGCUUCGAGGCCGUUGGGCGGUGGCGAUGCCGGCGCCUGUGGGACGCCGCAGGCUGCACAGACUGACGACCCUGCAGCUGCAGCCGCCGUGGCUGGCUACAGCAGCCCCUUUGCCCUCAAUGGAUGGCUGCGCGCAGUUGUUGCACAGGAGUUGGCUGCCAGCAGCAGGACUGGCGUCACCGCCCCCGGCAUCGACAGCGCUCAGGAACCCGGCAGUGCCAGCGCUGGCCCCAGCCAGGGCGCUGGCAGCAUUAGCGCUGGCCCGAGUUUUGGCAUCGGGAUGGGCAGUGCCGCCGCCAGCACGGGCAACACGGCCUGCGUAUUCGGCCCUGUCCAAGCCACCAUGACCACCACCCCCCGCACUGCCGCCGCCGCUGGCGUGAUGGGUGCCGGCAGCGGCGCCAGCUGGGUGGGCGCCAGCUUCUCGCUGAGGAACAUGCCUGCGCUGAGCAGCAGCCAGCGCAACGCCGACCAUCACCAUCACCUGCAAGCGCAGAACCCCAGUGAGGCGGUGCUCAUGCACGCGAUGAUUGGCGCCGGCACGGCGGGCAGUGCCGUGGACAACGACGCGCGGUUGACGGUGGUGGAGGAUGACCUUGAGGACGGUGGCGGGCCCCAUGGGUUGCGGACGGGCUCGGGCUCCCGCCGAGUACGAGCCCCUGGCAGCGCCAGCCCGGCAGCAACAGGGGAAGGCGAGCAUGCGGCGCUCGGGAGAGUAGCACCGCUUUCGGCGCUCGGUCGCCCCCCGCGAGUGCCGCAGCGCGCUUUGCAGCACAAUGGGGAAGCAGGCUCGGAGGCCGACGCAACCGCUGCUGGUCUGGUUGGUGAUGCCGGUGGUGGUGGCAAUGGCAACGCGGACGGGCUGGGCGGGCUGUCGGAACUGGAGCAGGGUAAGGAACCGGUCAGCGGCGUUGCUGGCGGCGCCAGGGCCAAUCCUGCGCCAGCACCUCCACCGGCACGCGCAGCACUACAACCGUUGCCGCCGCUGCCGAACAGCGACGGGGCCCCGAGCCUGCCUCCGCCGUCGGCGCUGACGCUUCGUCCGCACUCGGUCAUUCACCGCGUCCAGCAACCGCACAAUCUGCCGCAGCCCGAUGCAGCUGGAACAAGCACGGCUUCGUUGAGCUCACCGCGGGACAGCAGGCCAUCGCAGCGUGAUGCUGCGGCCUUCCUGGAGCAGUACGGUGCUGUGCCCAAAAGCGCAAGUUCCAGGCAGGUACAACCUGCGCCAAUCUAUUCGCGAAAGCAGCCCGGGGCGUCCACGGAAGCUGCAUCUUCGCCGCAGCAGCUGCCGCCGCGUUGGCCCCCCUGGCGGGCGUUCACCAUGUCUGGAGUGCCUGGCACACAGGCCAGCACGGGCCCUGCGUUGCUAGCCCUGAGUCCGGGCUCAUCCCGCGCCGUCAAGAGCACCACCAACGACUCAUCGGUGCUGCGUAUGGGCCUGCUGCGGGCGCCGUCGCUCCUAGCCAAGCGCCUCUUCGGCGGAGGCGGAGGCGCUGCGGCUUCAUCCGCAAGUGCCGCGCCUUCAAGCGCUGACACCGGCACCGGCGCUGGGAGCCCCGUCUCCCUUCCGCAAUCCCCUGCUGGGCCCAGGACGGGGUCCAGGGCCGCGCCCGCUGGUAGUUCGCCGGCAGUGCGUGGCAUGCCCCACGGCCAAGCGCUGGUGCUGGCCAUGGGCCAGCACAUAGACCAGCAGGCUGUGGACUCCUCUGGCUCGGCCACAGUGUACGGCGGCAGCGGCUAUCCAGGGCCAGGCACACCCGGCUCCGCCUGUGGAGCCGCUGCUGCGCCGUCCGCUGCAUUGACGCCGGUUGCGGCCCUCGGGGUAGGCCAGGGUGCUAGCGGCAGGCUCACGGAGCGUACGGCUUCCGUGCUGGGAGCCCGCUCGCUGACGCCCGUCAGCGGCCGGAAGCUGCGCAGCCGCCGCCAGCGGUCCUCCGGCGCCGGCGGGCUUCCAGAGACGGAGGUGGACCUGGCAUCUGUGCUGCUGCGUCGCGGCCCGGCCGAUCGCCGGACCUUCCGCCAGUCGCUGCUGCAGCUGUGCUAUAGCCAGCACGCGACGGCUACGGCUGUCGGCGGCGCUGCCGGGCGCGCGACCGUGCGCCACGGCAGCGUCACUGCGCUUCUGUCGCCUCUGGCUGCGCUUGUAGGCGGCGCAGGGGGCACCACACAAGGCAGCGGCACGCGCAGGGGUGCCCGCGCCCUGGCUACCCGUGAAAGUGUCAUUACGCCUGAGCUGCUCGCGGCAACAGGCUCCGCAGCACCAUCGCUCUCAGCGCAGCUGGGAGCCAAGGGCUUCAGCGGCAACGCAACCGGGGCGAGCAGCAGCCGCGGCGGCGUCGUCACCAGCAGCGCUGACGACUCGGACCGCGUGGCGGGGACCACGACCGGCACCAGUGGUGACGAGCUGUCUUACGCGGCCGUGAGCGGUCGCGGCAGCGCGGCGUCUGCGGGCAUUGCGGCGGCGGUUGGGGCCGGCGGCAGCGCGCAGCGUCAUGUUGUGGGCAGGGAAGGCGGUGGCGACGGCGGUCCGUUAGAUGUGGUGCCACGCAGCCCAGCACAGCCGGGGCUGGGCGCACCUGCAGCACGAAUGGCCAGCGCGAAUGCCUUUGCUCGGCACCCAGGCAGCGCCGGCGCCCUGCCGUCGCUCGGGCUACCAGCUUCAGCAGCUGCAGCUGCCGCCUACGCCGGCGGCAGUCCGGGUGUGGGCCCGAGCCUCGGCCCCACCGCACCGCUUGCCAAUGUGGUAGACGUGGAGUCGGAAUGGGUAGCAGUGCAAUGCUCACCUGCCCUUGAUGCGCGAUAUGCCCCCACCAGGACUGCUGCAAAGGCCAACAGUGUACUGGCAGAAGCGCCGAGUUCCCUGCUGUCGCUGCCUCGCGACAGCGCUGCAGGCAAAGGUGGGCUUGCGUCUCGUGAGGGACUUGUAGGGGUGGGCGCCGGCACCAGUGGCCCUGGGCCGUCUGUCGCACUGCAGGCUGCGCCGAACAGCGAUGCGCAAGAUGGCGCUGGCGUUAGCCGCAGCAGCAGCCGGCGCGGUGGCCACAGUAAUGUGCACCUCGACUCAUCGGGCGCGGCGCGCGCCGGGAGCAGCAAUUUCAUGCACUUGGUGCGCAGAGUCAGGUCGCUUGUGACCGGCACAGGAGGAGGUAGCGAAGGGCGCGGCGGCAGCCGCCGUGCAUGCUCACUAGCCCCUUCGGACGGUGAAGUUCAGGGGCGCUGGCUCUCCCACUCGCGGCACGCGCGGCAGGAGGGAACACCGCUCCCGCCAGCGGCGACGCGAUUAGGAACUGCGAAGCUGCAGCUUCAGCUGCAGGCGUUGGAAAUGCCACCCCCGGAUGCAGAUGUCUAUGAGCCUCGCAUCUCCGACCCCAGCCCGCGCGCCGGCACGCCAGCCGCUGCGGCUGCCGCAGCCGCCGCCGCGGCAGCGGCAGUCUCCGUGGCGGCCGCCACGGCCGCCAAGUCUUUCCGGCGGGGCAAGCAGCUGGACGCAACGGCUGCAGCACGUACGGGUGAGGGUUCUGGUGCGGCAGGAGGUGGCGGUAACGCGGACGCGCCGUGGAUGGUGCCCAGCGGCCUGGAUGACCCCACAGGGCUGCUGGUGCGCAGGGCCGUGAGCCACACCACCGCGAUGAACCACAUGCGCGGCAGUCGCCGCAUGGCAGCGCUGCAGCGGCGCCUGCCGUACCUAGAGGCGGCAGCACGCGCGCACACACUGGGGCGGCCGUACCAGGUUGGGCCUUCCGCAGCGGCGUUGGCAGUCGCGGCGCGCGGCGCCGCCAAUGCGCGAGAAGGCGACGCCUUGCCGCCGUCGUCGGCACAUGUACCAACUCCCGGCGGCUCGGUCGCGGUGGCAUCGCUGCCGCCUUCCAAUGGUGGCAGUGAGGGGGCGGAUGGCGCGCCGGCAUGUGGGCACUGCCCCGACGCGGCUAGCGGCGGUGGCAGGCCGUCCGGACUCAGCAGCGGCCGUCCCACUGGAUCGUCAUCUGCUACAGCCGGUGCUGCGGCUUGGAGGGUGUCUAUUUGCGGGCCAGGCGGCAGCGACGACGGCUCUGGCACCAGCACCGCCACUUCGGCGCAGGUGGUACCAGCUGCAGCCAGCGUUCCCUCUUUUCCGCACGGGGCGGGCCCCUCUCCGCCGGGUAAUAAGCGGGCAGUCAGCCUGGGGACCGCGGCUGCACCGCUCAUUUCCCCUGACCCAGCAAGCGUCCGUGCUGUUCUGCCCUCGGCCAGAGUGAAGUCACAGAGGCUGCAGCCGCCGCCCAAACUCGCGGACGCUGCGCUGGUUCGGCGGCGGCACUCGCUGGCAUCGCUGGCGACGCUGUGGCCUGGCGCCUACCAGAACCCACUCGCCGCGUACGGCCCUGCCGGGCCUAGCCGCUUCUUGGCGGCGGAGGUGCUGCACGAGCUGACCACAGCCGCCGACACCGCUGCGGGCUUGGGAGCCGCGCCGGCUGCCGGCGUGCAGGGGGCUGCGGUGCCCGAGGGCGGCAGCACAGAACUGGAUCCGCAGACGGAGGACGGCCCGGUCGGCAGUGAGCCGAGCGGGUGGAAGGCGAUUAGCGGUGCCCUUCGUGGCGUGUUGAAGCUUGGUGGCGGCAGCAGCGCGGGGAACCGCGGCAGCCGCGCCUUGUGCGGCCCCAGCUUUGAGGUCCUGCGGGCCAGCGGCAAGCUCCCGGGCGCCGACGCGGCAGCAGACACACCAGCGCUGGCGUCGGGCGUGGACGCAGUCAGCAGCGGCGUGCAGCGCAGCGCCAUGUCCAUGACGCAGCUGCGUGAUGCGAUGCGGCAGGGCUCCUUUACCGCCGCCGGCAGCGCGACGGCGGCGGCGAUGGUUGCGGCGGGCGGCGCAGCGGCGCGGUCGGCGGUGUUUGGGACGCAGAUGCAGGUGGCCGUGCUGGCGCAGAUGCAGGCGCAGCAGGCGGCGGCGGCGGCGCAGGCGGCGGGGCAGAUGCUGCCAGACAGUCCGCAGCUGUCGGGCCGCAUCGCAAGCGUGGGCCAGGGCCGCUACGCCGGCAUGUCACCGCACGCCUCUUCGCUGGCGUCUCGGACGGCGCCCAACAACACUGUCGCGGCGGCGGGUGGUCCGCAGUUCCAGCCGUCACCACGGGCACCCGCGUCGCCUCGUGACAUGAGCAUGUCAUUGCACAAAAGCCGCACUUCGAGCGGGAUGUGUGUUGGCGGCACACACCACACCUGGCUCCAGGGCGGGGCCGCAUUCCCUGCACGCGUAGCAGCCACGGCACAUGGCUUCCAAGGACCCCCUUCAGCUGCGGCGGCUGUGUUUGCCGGCGCGCCGCACCUGCAGCACUCGCACUCGAGCCGCUCGCACCAGUCGCACAACUCUGUCACCAGCGGUGCCACUGUGUUGCAGCGCCUGUUGCCCGCGCGACGCAUCAGCGGCUCAGGGCUGCAGCCGCCGCACGGCUCGCAUGGCCCUGUGCCCCUCUGCUUCAGGGGCUUUCGAGUGCGCGUUGGCGUGUCUAGCGGCCUGGCCGAGGGCCGCGAUGUGAUCUGGGUCAAGGCCUCUGGCCGCGUUGCCUACUCGGGCCACUGCAUGCAGCUCACUAAGUUGGUCGCAGACGCAGGCAUGGGUGGCAUGGUGUUGCUCAGCGGCGACGCAUGGGAGCGCCUGCAGCCCUGGCCCGAGGCCCUGACACACGCCAAAGCGCUUCAUUGCGGCCGCUACGAGCUCACAGACGCCAAGGAAACGGCCGGCGCCUCGUUCCCGAUGUCGGCGCCGAUGGAUUACGGCGGCGGUGUGUACUGGGCGCACGGCCGGCGCGGCGGUGUUGCAGGCGGCGGCGCGCGAGCCGGCUCCAUGCAGGAGGUCGUGACUGACGUAUUCCAGGUCACAAACUCGGCGCUGCUGCCGCGGCUGGCGCAUUGGGAGCAGGACGGCUGCGCCUGUGCGCUGCGGCACGGGCGGCGUCUAGUACCUGGCAUAGUGGAUGCGCCGCUAGGCAGCGUGACGUUCGUGUGCGUGGGCGUGGUGGGCCUGCCCGUGCUGCGAGCUUGGGACGCCGCCUGCGCGGCUGAGUCCCUCAGCCUGUGGGAAGGCGCGGUGCUGGACACGGCGUCGGCAUGGGAGGGCCAUCCCGCGGCCGUGUCAGACGGCGUGGCGCUAAUCGCCUUUCAUGAGCCGGUGUUUGCGCUGGCGUUUGUGAUUGCGCUGCAGGCCAGCCUGCGCGAGGAGGUUGUGUGGCCGGAGGCUCUGCUCGAACACUCGCUGGGCGAGCCGCUGGAUCUGCCGGCCGUGCGCUUCCGCGGCCUUCGCACGCGCGCCACCGCCGAAACGGCGGAUCACGUGCGCUUCGACGUGCGCGCCGCGACCUCGGGCGCGCUCUACCUCAACCAGGCGCCCAAGGCGCUGAAGCGACUGCGGGCCAUGGCGGCAAGGGCGCGCAUGGGCCAGCUGCUGUGCCGCGGCGGCGUGGCGGUGGAACUGCUGCGCGCCGCCGGUCGCGCCGCAGCGGCGCUGGGCGGCCUCGGCGGCGUGCAGCGACUGGACAGCACGUCUACCGCCGUUACCAUGACCCAGGCGGCGGGCGGUGCCAGCAUGACGGCGGGCAGCAUGCUCGCGCCCGCCAACCAGUCCAUGUCUGUGCUGUCACACGCCGGCAGCCAGGGCGGCCGCAUAACACCGCGCGGCUCUUUUGGCGGCCUGCUGAGCCUAGUCGGCCGCGGCAGCCAGCGCGCCUUCCCGUCCAAUCGCAACAGCCAGCGCGGUGGCGCCGGCAGUGGCGCUGGCGGUGCCAUGGCCCUGCGCUCGCCAUCGCUGGCCAAUGCCCGGGCCAGCAGUGCCACGCUGGGGCUCUGCAGCCGCUCGUCCUCUGAGGACGACGUGCUAGCAGAACUGCCCAAACUGCUAAUGCCGGCCCCAGUAGUGCCCCUGGUGUCGCCGUCGCUUUUGCAGCCUGCAGUGACGGCACUGGCGGCCGGGACGGGUAGCCCUUCACGGCCCGUGGGAGACACUGAUGCAGUGAUAACGGCGGCAAUGGGUUCGGGAUCGGUCUACGGCGCAGCGGUCUUCUCUUCUCGCAGUAGCGUUGUGCCUGGGCCUGGGGAGGAGUUGCGGCUCACAAAUUCCAGCGUAGCAGUGGAGUCAGGCGCCGCAGGCGCAGCGGCUGCAGCUGCGGGCGCGGGCACCAGCUCAGGGGGUACGGGGACAGUGGGCGCCACAUUCAGUAACAACGCAGUGGCACCCGGUCGUGCGGGCGUCGCCUCCGCCAUCGCCACACCGCUGCUCCCACACCUGCAUGUGCGCUCGCACAGCCUACAGCCGCAACCGAGCCAGCAGCAGAAUGCGCCUAACAGCGUGGCAUCGCCAGUUGAGGAGAUAGCGCAGGCCGAAGACUCUGCCGCUGGAGCUGCAGCUGCCGCUGAUGUGUCUUUGUCCAUGGCCCUGACGCGCGGCAACAACCGCGCGGCGCUGCUGGUGCAGCUGCUACAGCGUGUGUCCAUUCUCCCGGUGCUGGAGGAGGUCCCGCAGGCCAAGUCCAAGCGCACGCGGGCGUCGAUGGAGAUUGCGUCUGCGCAGCAGCGGCCUCCGGCGCGUGCGGCGACUGUUGACGAGGCAUGUGACCCGGCGCCCGGCAAGCCCGGGUUCAGCCAAAUUGACAUGGGCACCAGCGAGCCGGCAGAUGGGCCCGGUACGGCCGGGACAAAGGUGCUUGAAGCGCUCCUGGCGCACCGUGACGAUUCCGUGGUGCGUUUGGCGCGUGUUGGCGAAGAGGGGGCGGGCGGGCCCCCUUUGGGCGGAGGAGGUGCAUCUGACAGCGGAGGUGGUGGUCAGGACGAGGGCAGCCUUGGGCGUGGGCGUGGGCCCGCAGGGACGGGCCCGAGGCCCACGGUCGACGCGAUGGCGGCGGCGACGGGUGAGCGGAUGGGCGCAAUGCGAUUGGGACUGCCAGUGCUGUCGGCAGAAGGCGUGAAGCCCAACGGCGUGUACUUGGUCGUGGUAAGGAAUGCGGUGUGAACGUUUUGCCAUUUUUGCAUCGGUUGUUGGUGUUAAUGCCUAUUGCAUGUAAAUAGGUGGCAGG